AUGUCCGAUUUUUCAGAAAAAAUAGAAUCUUGUUAUGCGUUACCAUUUGGUGUAUUUGGAUUCAUUUGCUGGGCUUUGUCAUUGUUAUCAAAUUUUUUUAUUUUAUUUGGUAAUUUACCAUUGUUCUCUCCAUGGCUAUGGUGUAGACCGGCUUAUCAAUCACAGAAUUUAAGCUUUGCAUUUAUUGCAUUUGUUAUGACUAUUGGGCCGACCAUUUAUACAUGUAUACGAUGUCGUGAAGAAUGGGUCUUAAUAGUUUCAGCUGUUGGGCAACUCUCUCCGUGGGCAUUCAAAAUGAUAAAUGAUGCUACAGCAUCAAAAUCAGAGAAUAGUUUUGAUCGUGACAAUUUUUACACUACAUGUGGAGUUUUCUUAUCAGUUUUAUUAUCUAGUACUGGAUGGGUUGGUCUUGUAGCAUUGAUUAUUAAGCUAGAACAUACACAAUAUGAAGUUACUAGUGCAAUAUUUUUUGUAUUUGCACCAUUCAUAUUUGUGAUAUGUAUACCAUUUGUAAAGGGUGAUUCAAGAAUUGCUUUUAGAUGUAUGAUCGGUUAUGUAGCAGCAACAACUCAUCUUAUAGGAACACAUUAUAUACUUGGUAAAGUUUCUGGAGAUUUUACUGGGCUUAGAUCUGCAGGAUUUGCAUCAGCAGUUAUUUUCUUCGUUGGAAAACGGUUAUUAUUUUUAGACAUGUCAUGUAGUAAUUGUUAA